AUGACCAGCUUGGAUCACCCACCAUUUCCAACUGACAAAAGUAUUCCGGUACAAGAUCUCCUUGUCGUUGAUUACAAACUCCUCAAGGAAGGCGACCAAGAGCAAGCUGACGUUUUGUGGGAGGCUGCAACGAAAUGGGGGUUCUGGUACUUGAAAAACCAUGAUGCUGAACCAUUUGUUGGACCGAUGUUUGAGAUGGGGAAAGAGACGCUGUCGCUUUCGUUGGAAGAGAAGAUGAAGUAUUGGCAAGGUAAUAAAGGUGCUUCUCCUGGAUAUCGAGAAGCGGGCAAGAAAUAUGUAGAUGCAGAGGGAUCCCUCGACGCGUCGGAAUACAUCAACGUCGCAAAGGACGACGCGAUGGCCUAUCCCCGCAUCGUGCACCGCGACUACCCAGCGCCUGUGAAUAGGUAUAUGCAGGAUACGAUUAUACCGUUCGUACAGACGUGCAUCGAGCAGAGCAAGGUUGUUAUGCGUGUUUUUGAGAACAAGCUCGGGUUGCCUCUGGGGACGCUUAUGGCCUUGCAUGACCCUGGGAAGACGUGUAUUUCAGAGGCGAGGUGUAUUAAGGUGGCUGCUACACCGAAGGGGACGAAGAUUGCUUUGGGACAGCAUACAGAUUACGGAAGUCUGUCGUUUCUUUCCAAUAGGCAAGGUGGCUUGCAGGUUCUUGUUCCCGAAACCGACGGUGAUGAAUGGAGAUACGUGAAGCCGAUUGAGGGAUAUUCAAUCUGCAACAUCGGAGAUACUCUCACCAUUAUGAGCGGUGGCAUUCUGAAAUCUUGCACUCACCGGGUUGUACCUCCCCCUGGUGCCCAAGCAGGCUAUGAUCGAUGGUCACUCGUGUACUUCUCAAGACCGACCAACGAUGUCUAUCUCAAAGCACUUGUAAAUGAAAGCGCAUACAUUGCAGAAGCUGUCCAAAAUGCAGAAGAUAGGGAUGUCUACUUCCCCAAGAUGACGGCUGCGCAAUGGUUCGUGAAAAAGGGGUCUUUGUAUCGAACCGACUUGAAUAGAUAA